UAUAUAUAUAUAUAUAUAUACCAUACAAAUAAAAGUUUAAUAGGUAGUAUAGAAGAUACCAAGUUUCCAUUUUGCACCAUGAUUAUCCUCAUUCUCUUUCUCAUUUCAAUGUGCGUCUUUUGGUUCGUAAGGGCUAGAGGUUUCAAGCUCCGACCACCACUGCCCCCGGGCCCAAAACCAUUGCCAUACAUCGGUAGCAUAUUUACAAUGCUUCGAAACAAGCCCACAUUUCGUUGGAUACACAGCAUGAUGGAUGAAAUGAACACCAAGAUCAUAUGCAUCUGUCUUGGGAACGUUCAUGUUGUUGCUGUUAGUGAUCCGCAGAUUGCUCGUGAGUUCUUGAAGGACAAAGAUGGAAUAUUCUCCUCAAGGCCUAACUGCAUGUCGGGUUAUCUGACAAGUGGAGGUUACUUGACCACCGUUCUUGUUCCAAUGAGUGAUCAUUGGAAGAUGAUGAGGAAAAUCCUGGCCAUAGAGGUUCUGUCACUGCAUAGACAUAACUGGCUUAAAGACAAACGAGACAGAGAAGCUGAUAAUCUGCUAAGGUACAUUUACAAGCAAUGCUAUACCAAUAUUAAGGUCACCGGAGGGAUUGUGAACGUACGAAUUGUUGCGCAACAAUACUCGACCAACAUCAUAAGGAAUAUCAUGUUCGGGAGUAGGUAUUUCGGCAAAGGGAACAUAGAUGGUGGACCUGGGGAAGAAGAGAUCGAGCAUGUCGAUUCACUUUUGACCGUUCUUGGUUACCUGACAAAAGAAGACGAUUUGCUUGAUGUUUUCAUCAACAUUAAGAACCCUCCAUUAACCGCAGAUCAAAUCAAAGCUCAAAUCUUUGAACUUACAUUAGCAACAUUUGAUAAUCCAGCGAAUGGUAUCGAAUGGGCAAUGGCAGAAAUGAUAAACCGUCCGAACAUCUUCAAUAAAGCGGUGCAAGAGCUAGAUUAUGUAGUUGGAAAAGAUCGACUAGUACAAGAAUCCGACAUACCAAAACUUAACUAUAUUAAAUCAUGUGUGAAGGAGGCUUUUAGGUUGCACCCUGUUUCACCUUUUAACCUCCCUCACGUGUCAUCCAGCGACACUGUUAUCGCCGGAUACUUUAUACCUAAAGGUAGUCAUGUGAUACUGAGCCGCUUAGGGCUAGGGCGGAACCCUGAUGUUUGGGAGGACCCAAUGAUAUUUAAUCCGGAUCGUCACAUGAAAGAUGCUAAAGAAGUGUUGCUAACCGACCAUAGCCUUAAAAUGUUGUCAUUUAGCACCGGUCGAUGUGGAUGUGGUGGAGUGUUGUUGGGUUCGACCGUGGCCAUAAUGUUAUUUGCGAGGAUCGUGCAUGGGUUUACAUGGGAGUUGCCUCCAGAUGAAGCAUAUGUUGAUUUAAACGAAAACUUAACAGAUUUGAUGAAGGCUAAGCCAUUGUUGGCCUUUGCAAAGCCUCGUUUGUCUCACCAUUUAUACCCCAUAUAUUGAAAAAGUGUUAAAAUUGAUGUGGAAAUAUAGAUUGAGCAAUUACUAUCUUUCUAUCCGAAGAUUAAUUGAUUGAUUUGAGUUGUUUCGCUAAGAA